AUGGACACCGAGAUAGCGGCUCUGAAAGCCGAAAAUGAGAGUUUAAAGCAGCAACUUAGAGAACAGGGCCAGCUUCCGAUGUCUUUAGAAGAGUUCAAGAGAUACGGAAGACAAAUGAUUGUUCAGGAAACCGGAGGUGUGGAAGGUCAAAUAAAACUAAAAAAUAGCAGGGUUCUGGUUAUCGGUGCUGGUGGACUUGGGUGUCCCUGUUUGCCAUACCUGGCCGGUGCAGGUGUGGGACAAAUUGGCAUUGUCGAUAAUGACGUUGUGGAGACCUCCAAUUUGCAUAGACAGGUGUUGCACAAUUCGAGCAAAGUUGGUGUACUGAAGUGUGAAUCUGCAAAGGAUGUGUUGGUCAAGCUUAAUCCGCACAUCAAAGUCGACACUUUUCCGGUGAGACUUGAUUAUAGCAACGCUUGCCGUAUUUUCCAAGGUUAUGAUGUCGUGCUGGACUGCACAGAUACACCAUUGACGAGGUAUCUGGUGUCAGACGUAGCGGUAAAUUUAGGCCUAACGGUAGUCUCUGCCUCUGGUCUUGGUUUCGAGGGACAAUUAUCCAUUCUGAACUUCAAGAACGUCGGGCCAUGCUAUAGGUGUUUCUUCCCGGUUCCUCCACCACCAAAUUCUGUGUCAUCCUGCCAAGAGGGCGGUGUUAUCGGGCCGUGUAUUGGACUCGUGGGUGUUAUGAUGGCGGUGGAAACGCUCAAAAUCAUCCUUGACAGUUACACAUUAGAUAACUUUAAGCCCUUCCUGAUGCAGUAUUCAGGUUUCCCCGCACAGUCUUUACGCACUUUCAAGAUGAGAGGCAGACAAGCAACGUGUCUGGCGUGCGGAGAAAAUCCUUCCAUUACAAGGGAUUCCAUUGAGAGAGGUCAUAUCGAUUAUGAACUUUUCUGCGGCAAAAGAGAUUACAACGUUUGUUUACCCCACGAACGUAUGACGGUCGACGAGUUUCAAAAGUCUUUUCUGAAAACGGCCGAACUGAAUCACAUUCUCUUGGAUGUCAGGCCUCGGCAUCAUUACGAUAUAUCACAUUUGCCAAACACGUUCAACUUGACCGUGAAAGAGUUGAGAGAUAUGGAUGGUGAUAUGUCUCAACUGAAGCGUGAAAUACCCACAGUUGGUGCGCAAAGUGAAGUCCUGGUCCUUUGCCGACACGGAAACGAUUCCCAGCUAGCUACAAGGAUCCUGAAGGACCAAUUUCAUUUGAAAAAUGUCCGCGACGUGAAGGGAGGACUCUUUAAAUAUAUCGAUGAGAUAAAUCCAGCCAUUCCAAAGUAUUGA